CUCACUGACUAUGGAAACGUGCCUCGUAAGCCUCUUUGAAUCACAGUCCCUUCCCUCGCGCCUCUUCAUGCCUUCGAUUCGUCUUCUUCUACACUCUCUCUUCCCUCCCUUCCAUAUAACAACGCAUUCUCUGUUCUUUCCACUUUUCAAACUUAACUACUGCUUUUCAAAAUCGCUCUAGUAGUAGUAGUGUCAUCAUGGUCAAACGCAAAAUCCACCACGACGGUAGCACCACCACCACCGAGAAUGCCGAUUCUGACGACGCCGCUGAUUAUCAUCAAACUCGUCACGCCCGUCGUGGUCUUCGUUCUAGCUACCUCGCCAUCAAGAACAGGAUUCACGAUGAAAAGGAUGAAAUUGCAAGCCCUGAGUCUAAGAAAUUUGAUUUGAUCUUUGGUGAAAUGGAAAGCUUACACCAACUAGUUACAAAACCAAGAGAACAAGUUGCUGAUGCACAGGCUCUAUUGGACAUCACCAAAUCCUUGGUGGUGACUGCGAGAGCUCAUGGUGGCGGUGGACUCACUCCUUCUAGCUUUGUCGCCCACAUGCUUAAGGAAUUUGGAGGAAAAGGUGGAGGAGCAACUACUAGCACUGAAGAUUGUAGCAGAAACUUAAUAGCUUGGAAGGAUAUUGGAGUUGCAGUUUCAUAUGUUUUUGGAGGGGGUUAUGGCUGUUCUACAAUGAUUGGCCCAAUCGAUGCUAAAAUAAAGCAGAGGAAGGUCAUUAAACGUAGAAAGCAAGUGAAAUCCAUUGAAUUGGCUCGGCCAGAAGAGCUUGGCGGAGGUAUAAGCGAAGAGAAAACUGAUACUGAUAAAAAUAUGUUAACUAUGUUUAACAUCUUAAAGAAAAAUAGAGUUGUCAGGCUUGAAAAUCUGGUUUUGAAUAGAAACUCCUUUGCACAAACAGUGGAGAAUUUAUUUGCUUUAUCUUUUUUAGUCAAAGAUGGGCGAGCUGAAAUAAGAGUGAAUGAGGCUGGACAGCAAUUAGUUUUGCCAAGGAAUGCUCCUGCUGCAAAUGCAGUUCUUACUAAGGACGUUGCUUUCAGCCACUUUGUAUUCCGAUUUGACUUCAAUGAUUGGAAGUUGAUGGUUAGCACUGUUGGGGUCGGGGAGGAGUUGAUGCCAGAUAGAAAUAGUCAAUGACUCAAUCACAGAGUUAGUGAUCUGCAGAAUUUCAUGGCCUACAACACAAGUAACUGACUUAUACAGGAAACAUGAUUUGGUUCUACAGCAGCAGUGGUCAAGAGAAGUUGUCACUUGAAAGCGAUCUGUUAAUGAAGAGCUAAGUAGAGUUAUCAUUAUGAACAGAGAAACCAUGUACAGGUAUUUGGCAUGUGUACAAAUUUGGUUUUGCUCAUUGCAUAAACAUGCCUAGAGUACAUACAAGCUAAGUAUAGUUUCAGGUUAAAUAUAUGUUCAACUCUUUUGUUACUACUUUCAAAGAACAGAUAAUGGCUUUAGUGCAUAUGGUUAUUCAACUUGGUUCUUUUGGAUUUUGUAAGAACACAUGUCUGGAAUUGAAUGUGGCACCUAACCACCUGAUCAACCGUGAUGA